UUUCGUUUGAACGCAAUGGUAGGCCGGCCCGAUCUUUUCCAUCCAGGAUUAGGAACAUCAAACUGAAGAUACAAAGAAAAUCAGAGAAGGAAGUCUGGAACUGUAAAGGAGCCACCAAGGAAGGAUAUUGGUUUUAGUUUGAGGGCCAGUUAGGGUUUGCAUAAGCCUCUGAGUUCCGUCGUCGUACCGUGUGACAGACAAAUCAAAUGUCUUCCUGCAGCGGCUUCGUAUUAUUUAUAGUUGCGAUACAGAAUGGGUAUAUUAGCCUGAAACCCCCAGAAAGGGAUCUGGAAGGGGGAACCGGCAACUGGGGAUCGAUCUGCAGUCAUUGGAUUCAGCGGUGGGCGCCGGACCCUUGCGUCCCUCCAGGGUUCGCCGGCGAUUGGCGAGAUCCUCCUCAUAUUGCUCGGUCCAAACGAAUUCCUCAUACAGAUGCUUCUGAUUCUAUUUCCCCGGAACCUGUGAUUUUAGCCAACGAUCCAUGCUAUAAACAGAAGCUGCAGAGGAUCUAUAUUGAGUGUUUGAAGGAUGAUGCCAACGUAUCGAGUGGAUUCUGCGCGUUUAUAAAGAGAAAUUUAGAAGAGUGCAAUUAACUAAUGGCACCAACAAGAAGCAAAGCCAAAUACACAUAUAUGUAUACUCAAAAGGGUGUGUGAGAUCAGUUUAAAAAAAAUGUUAUUUGCGGCCAUGAGCAUGCAUUACUAUUUACUAUUUGCCUGCAUUACUAUUUACUAUUUGCCGCCAAUCAAAAAAUUUAUUAUAUAUACGUCUCGGUAUAGGAGUUUCACGAACUACUUUUUUUUACAAAAGAUAAUCAUAUAUUGAUUGAAACAAAGGUAGUUAUAGCCUGGAGAUCAGCCAGGCCUGAUAAUCAAAGAAACGACUCAUAGUCGGGUACAAUGAAAGGUCUUUCGUAGCCACCAAAUGGGUUGUCCUAUUGUUUUGCCGACCUACAAAUCUAACAGUAAAACCAGAAUGAGAAGAAAAAUAGUGCACAAUUUCUUCAAGAAUAGCCUCCAUUUGGUUACCAGCAGUAUCACCCCAUGUGCGAAGAGGAUCUCCCUAGUAAGGGUCAUGAUAACUAUUCCACCAGUAGAAUGAGAACCACUCCGCGUCGCCCAUCCCACAUACACACCGGCAAAUUAAUCUCUGUCGAACUCAAGUGAUGGGGCACAUGGAGAGUUGACCGAAAAACACGAUCCACGGGCAGAGUUUCACGAACUACAACAAAUAUCAAACUCUCAGAAAAAGUGUUCAAUCAUAAAAAACCAAUGCUUGCCGCAACAAUCAUCUGAAGAGCCAAACCUAGUCAGGCCAACGGAAAAAGCUGGCCCGAGCCAGGCUCGGCCGAAGGAAGUAUUCGGCUCUACCUGGCAUCGGCCGGAAUUUUCCUUUGGCUUGGCCACGUUAUGGUUCUGGCUAUCGGUAUCUUUCGACCCGAUUAGGUUUUGGUCGUUGGAAUCCUUUGGCCCGGUACCUGCGUUGGAUUUUUUUGGCCUAGUCAUUUGCAGUCGCCAAUUUAGAUUUUAGAAGUUGAAUUUAACGUUUAAGAGUUGAAUUUAGGGUUUAGGAGUUGAAUUUAGUAUUUAGAAGUUGAAUUUAGCGUUUAGCUUCACAUUAAUAUUAAGGGUAAUAACUAUUUAUUAGCCAAACCCUUUUCAGGUUCUUUUUUAUUAGCCAAAUCUAUUAAAAUGCUAUUAAUGAGCCAAAUCUCUUGUAAUGCAUUAAAUUAUUAGCCAUUUUUACGUUAUCGUUAAUAAUUUUGUGACUCUUUUCUUAGUUAAAAUACUAAAAUUUUGGAAUGUUGAGCUUCUAUGUGUCUUCCUUGUCAAUAUCAUGGUGCCAAGUUAAUAUUACCAAAACUCAUUCUUGGUUAUGAGGGAGAGAUGCAACUGAAGGGGACAAGUUCUCGUCUGAGCGCGCAGGUACCUUAUAGUUCACGGGACAAGACUGGAAGAUCAAGACCGCGAAUCCGAAUGCUUUGGCCGCAAACUUCAGGAGGAAAUGCUGCUGGAAGAACAGAGAGUUUGCCCACUCAUCUCGCGGGCUAACCGUGAAAACAGAUUGUGGCCGGACACAAAAGUUCGUGCCCGCGAUCUUUCGCCCACAGCUUGUGAUCUUGCCCGAAAAUUCCAGCAUCUAUAAAUAGUGGAGCUGCUGAAGGAAAAAGAGAGAGCCGCCCUAGAGUGAGAAAGUUAGGGUUUUGGAGUAUUUUAGAGAGGGAAACACCUUGGGAGAGCUUCAUUGAAUAUUCAAUCCACCCAAGGAGAAAGAACAAGGUGCAAGCAAGAAGAAGAAGAUUGAUUCCAUCACUCCAUCUCUUCUAGUUCGUAUUUUCUCUCUCUCUCUCUCUCUCUCUCUCUCUCUCUCUCUCUAUAUAUAUAUAUAUAUAUAUAUAUAUAUAUAUAUAUAUAUAUAUAUGACUUGAAUCUCUAAUGGUUGUUCAAAAUAGAUGAACCUUAGAUUGAUAUGAUCCCAAAUAGCCAACGCUACACAUUUUUAUUGCUUGACAAAGAAGCACUCUCAAGUGGCAAAAAGGAACAUAAUUUGGAGGCUUGGUUCUCACAAUUGGCUCGAUGAAAAUUCAAGAUUAAGGGGCUUGUAUUAAAUAUGGAGUGCUUAUCUACAUGCUGGAUGCAUUGGUGAAUCCAGAACAAGUCAUUAAGGUCAUUUUCCAAAGCCUUAAAGUUGCCCUCUCAAAACAGGAAAAUUGCCUGAAAAUGGCCAAGUUUGGAAACGUGUUUGUGAAGGCUACUUUGGAGCUUCACUCGAGGAAGAGCAUUGAGAAUCAAUUUACAAGCUUCAUAGCACAUGAAAGUACAUAUGAUAAUCUACAAAUACAAGGCAUUGGAUGAAGGAGUGCUUACCUCUAAGGCUUCGAACGAAGAGCUCAAAAUUUGCUACGAAGCCAGUUUUUCUGGCAGCUUGCCUAUGCUAAAAGGUAGCUUGCUUGUGCUUAAAGAAAGGGAAUUAUGGCCGAGUUUUUGUGUCCUUUUUAGAGUAUACUUUUAUCUUAUUUUUUUCGUUGUUCAUUUCGGUUUGUAUUAGGUUUUCUUGACUAUAAAGAGCAUUCUACUUACAUUGUAAUAGUUAGUUUUUGGUUGAAUUAAAAUUACUCCGAGGAGUGUUUGUGUUCUUGGACCUUUGGCUCGAGAAUCAAUUUAUUGUCUUAGCUACGUGUGGAUUACAUAGCUAAUUCAAGACCCUUGUUCAAGCAAUUUUGUGGACGAUUCCAGAACCGUUUAGCAAGUUAUCUUAUCAAUCGAGUAAACACCUUGAUUGUGGCAAGAAUUCUACAUGUCCAUAGUUUAUGGUUCGAUUGUUUGAUUGCUGUGUUACUUUGAUCAAAAGCACCCCCUAGUGCUUUAUCAUAGAUUGUAGUAGGUAUUUGAAUCAGGGAAUUUUACAAUGCUAUAUAGCAUUGGUGCUAUAGGUUUUUCCCAUUAUGGUACAAUUUGAAGUUGUACCUUUAAAGUUAUGGUACAACUUCAUAUUGUAUCUAUACUCUUUUGUACAAAUUCUUUUAUGGUACAACUUGAACUUGUACCCUUAUGUUAUGGUACAACUUUAACUUAAAGUUGUACCAUAACAUAAGGGUACCAAUUCCUGUAUGGUACAACCUGAAUUUAUACAUUUAAUAUUAUGGUACAAUUUCAAGUUGUACAUUAAAGCACCAAUGCUUUAUAGCAUAGUAAAAGUGCUCAUUUGAAUGAUUUUAUCUAUGGGUAUGUUGCUCUAGCGAAUUUUUGCCUCAUGUGUUGGUAGUUAUGCUUGGGUAAGUCGCCCUAAUCUUCCCUACUAGCCUACUUGAGCUACUAUGCUGGGUACAGAGUUUUACGGUUCGACGGCUAUGCGCCAUCUGACAAACUAGUGAUAGUGAGUUAUCUUAGGGCUUUGAGGUGGAUGAGGCGACCGAACCCCUGCAUCUAUAGUUCCUUCCUAGAAUGAUGCUUUGGGAGGCUCUCCCUAGUAGGGUGCGAUAGGUUCAACCUAUUUUCAGUAACUAUGAGAGCAUCCCUAGCGAGGAAACUUAGAUCGAGGUGACAUUGAGUCUUUUUGGGUAACGCUACGAGGAGGGAGAAAUCCCCAGAUUAGAGAGUUCCGCACCUUAACCUUUAAACUCAACUUACCGACUAUAGCUAGGGGAAUUAUGUUUUAGGCAACCAUCUCAUUUUAGCGGUCUCCCAACCACUUGGUUGGUUGUUUAGGAGUAGCUUAGGUUAGAUUCUUCACCCAAACUUCUUAUUCGGCUAGGUAGUAGUUCGGAGUGAAGUAAAAUUAAACUUUGGGU